AUGGGAUACUCUGGAACUAGUCGCCCAGAUUUCUACACUCUUUAUCGGGGCAAGGUUGCAAUUAUCGAGGACAAGGUGGUGGAAGACGGUUUUACAAGUGCGUAUGCAGACGUAUCAAUAACAUCUGGACUUCGUGUAUUUCUGCUUUUACAAGAAAUCCAAGGUGCUCACAUAGUUUCAUCAUUUGCAUGCUCUCGAGACGGCAAAAACCUUAUAUACGUAACGAACAGCUCCACGAGUUUUCGCACUGAGCAAUGGGAAACCGCUGAUUUUGCGAGGCUUAAUGAUGAACGCGAAAAUGCCUGUUUGGACAAAAUCGAGUUGGAUUUUCACGUCUGUGAUGUGAACGGUGAGCGAGCAGGUACUUUCGAGAGUAUUAUAAGGUCACGCUUCCCGAAUAUUGACAAAUUUGUGCGGAACGGUAACGCCAUCUGGAUAGAGGACCUAUCAAAAGAAGUGUCUAUCGCAAAAAGUGACAAGAUAUUUCACGACUACCUUAUUUUCAACGAGAAUCGUGUGAUUAAUAGUGGUAGUUCCACGAAGAUGGUCGUAGAAAAUGUUUGCCGAGUGUUGGGAGUGCCUUGUACUAUAGAUGGUGGCUUCUACAGAAUAGGUGAGCCGCUGCAGUGCCUGGAUGACUUCGACGCAGAACGUGAUUGUAUACUGAUCUCGGAAGAAGGCGUUGAGAUUGAAUUUGUGCGGGAUAUACUGGAGAUGCAAUCGUCCUACUUUGGUGUGGCCUUCACUUAUCACAAGGAUGAUAUGCCAAGACUGAAGUUAUCUGCUGCAGAAAAUGUAAUUCGUUACACUCUACUGAGUAUCAUCAACCCGAAUUAUCUUCGCCGCCUUCAGAUACAUGAGUUUCUCGAAUUGUUGCCGUUUCUCGAUCAAUAUCUUCUACAUGCAGUGAUCGCCGAUGCCUUACGUGUUAUAUUUGAACGAUUGAACGAGUUCAAUAUGACCUUUGUUUUUGAUGUGUUCGAAGCAGUUCCGCAAUUACGGCAGCUGAUCGCGAGAUACUUCCACAAUGAUUUACACUUACUUACUAUGUGGAGAAACUCUGCAGCGGCACCUAUUGAGCUGAUUCGAGAG